GACACAUUUACACAUCAGUUUACAACAAUACUGGUUUACCUUAACCUAUAUUGCUGGUCGCCUCACCCCCAUACCUACACAUCAAGCCUAUUAAUUCCAAAUCGGUCACACAGUCUUCAAGUACUUUUGAGUUUCACGAUGACAGGAAAGAGGAAGGAUGUUGUUUUCAUCGAGUGGUGCCCCCAUCGGCAGAGUAAGGCACGGAAAUCGCGCCCGAAACGGGCAUCGAACGCAAAACAAAGUAAAGCACCCGCACCAAAGCCCAAAGCUCCACUGACGAAGCCUCAAAGGUCUAGCCCAACCAGUAAAGCACCUACGAAUAUCACAAAGUUUAUCACUCCCUGGGCUAUGCAUACCAUGUCGGGACCAGGUACAUCACACGCGUCCGUGCCGAGUUCAACCUCAGCCUUACCUUGGCCGAAUAUUGCAACAAUCACCGGUACAAAUCCUACACAGCCGUCACACAUAGGUACAGGUGGUAUAGGUACACACAUGGGUACAUUUGCCACAAACUCGUAUCCCACUACAAUGAAUACGGGCGCGUAUUCAAAUGGGAUGGGCUUCACGAUGUCGGGCUCCAGUCCACCUCGAACUACCAAUAAUUAUAGUACAUCUACCAAUAGUUAUAGUAGCACACUCCUUCCACCUCAAAAACCUCAAUGGGAUUUAAGCAGUGUUCCAAUGCUUCCAGUUGCAUCGUCAAAUCCGACUCUGUCCCCCGCAUUGUCAUCCUCUGUGGAGAUGGACUUGCAAAACUUCUCUUCCUCUCCUGUAGUCACGCCAUUAACAACUCUGAAUGAAUUCACACCCGACUUGUCGCAACCGAGCGACGGGCUCGACUCUGAGCAUUUGGGUAUAUACUCAUCACUUCGCCUAGGAGAGGUUGAUAUCAGUUCGUCUAGCUGGCCAGACAUAUCCUUAGUGGAGAGUCCAAUGAGUCACGAAGGGGAGGGCAAUUCAGAAACAAGCUUGAAUACAGAGGCUGGUAUUUCUUCCCUGGGACAACAGACCAACUCCACUCGCGCAUCAAUCGCGGGUUUGGAACUGCUCAAGCCACUUGACAACAUCAACUUCAGGGAUUUACGAACUUUCGAGCCGUUUGAAACGGAGAGUCUGAGCAGUCUGGCGGCACUCGAAUUGGAAUUAGCCAGUUACGCGAAUAUGGGUGAUCUCAGCAGUAUCCGACUGGAUUCACAAUUGGGUAUCAACGAUGCUACAAUCACCCCGGCCAAUUCGGCGGGUACUGAUACUUCCACUGCAGCUUUUUUAUGGGAUGAUCUUACCCCCGGUAGUGCCGAUUGGACUCUUAACUCGUUCGCAGACAUAUCGUCUCCCUCGUUGCAGCUGUCGGACGGUAUGGGACUCGCGGAUAAGAGAGCGUUCACAACGCGUGAUUCCGGUAUCGCAUUAGACGACUAUGAGACAAUCACAGGACUGAAACUGCAGGGCCCAUUGCUGAAUAAUGCACAGGGCGUUGGCAUGUACUCUGGGAGCACAUUAGCGCAAAAUAUGCAGGUAUCGGAUUUGAACACAGCAUCGAUGUCAGGUGAAUCCCAUGGUCGCGAGCAAAUGAAUGAGUUGCUACAAGAUAUGCUUGAGAGGGACAACACCACAUAUGAAGUAUCGAAAGGGAUGCAGAAUCCUACACUGGCAUACCAGCCGACCGCGGGCAGUAUCACCGGCAGGGCCAGAUCCUCUGCCUCUGUCUCGACUUGUGGAAGUGAUGUGGAAAAUAGCGAACAUCACAGCCAGCAUAAUACCCCACCCGGCGCACACGGGCAUGCUGAUAUACAUGCAAACAGCUCACUAUCCUCUACGCAGUCCGCGUCUGCAAUCAUCAAAGCUACCGGGUCUGCUGCACCGGUAUCCGGUGAGAUCACGUGUGGGAAUUGCGGUAUCUUUGGCGAGAAAAAAUGGCAUCGCAGUGAGAGUGGGGGGAAUCUGUGUAACGCAUGUGUGCUCUAUUGGAAGGUCAAAGGGAAAGUGCGCCCCCCACAUUUGGCCAAGAGAAAACUGACGAGACUUGUCAGAAAACGUCUUAGUGGCGGGGCCAAGGGACUGAAGAAGAAUAGUAAGCAGAACGUCGAGAAAACGUCGGGAUGUAAAACGAACGAGCCUUCGCAGCCGGUGGCGAUAGCCACUUCUAUGGCAACGAGUGAGUGAUUGGUUUGUCUUGAUACGAUGUCGUGGUCCACUAUGACAUAUGUACCUUGUGAAAGUGUAAUGGAUUAGCGAACGUACCUCAACGUCUUAACUAUGUACAGGCUACCACAGUGGGUGCAGACAUUGCACGGGCAGAGCUACGGUCACAGAGAAGUCAUUGUUAUGCCAAAGUGACGGAUUGAGUAGUUUCGCUAUGACAAUAAUGCUCUGGCGCCCUGAGGACACGUACAUGAAGCUGUACCACAUUGGAAUAGUGUACAUAAGUGGAAUCGAAUGGAGUGCCAUACGUCGGCCAUCAACAGAAGUUGCCAGAAGGGGGUCAAGUGAACAGUGUAGCAUUUAAAGCUAGCAUACACGGGUAGGCAGUGCUCGACCACGCCAAGGGCUAUAUGAUAUAUCCACAAUCAAUAUAUAAAUAUCAACAAUGUCAAUGUGC